AAUUCUGUUGUAUGAGUACAAACUUAUUGUUAAUCGUGUCUUUAAUUAAACGCUAGAAAUUCGAAUUGUUGUAUAAUUAAAACUAGAAGACUGGAUAUGAAGUAUGAUCACAAUUUCAUCGACGAAAAACAAAUACUAAAAAUUGGAAAAAGUCGGCAUGAACGAAAACAACGACGGAUUCGAUAUUGCGCCGGUAACAGAUUAAACAUUAAUCCGGUCGUCAACACGCUUAACAAGCUGUACAUGCGUCGAUUGUUUAUACACGGGGAAGCACGGAGCUCCGGAAAUCACCGAGGCACCGCGGUCGGAUCGAUCGGGAUCGUUUCAAGAUAGGAACGUGUACGUAUGUAACAACAUCGGUUGUUGGUAGUACAUUGGUCCCAGGAGAUAAUGAAAUGCACGAGGCGACGAAACGAGCUGCCGCGCCUGUACGCGCGUGUGCGUGACGCUUGUUCCUCGUUCUUACGUUUAUAUAAUGCCCGGACCCGGGAAAGUAAGACCAUUGAAUCCGUCGACUGUCAAACAGGCGCGCGCGUUCCACAAAGCAUCGUCGAACAUCAUGGGACUCCGUGCUCAUCCUGUGCUCCUCGUCGCCCUCGCGGCCACCCUUCUGCUUCACUCCACUGAGUACACAACCGCGAAUAGCAUUUGUCCUCAGGAGAAUUGUCUCGACUCGACGAAAUGCGACGAUUUGCUGGUCGGUGGAACGUGCCCGCAAUCGAGCGACACGUGUUGCAGCGUUGUGAAAACGGAGCACAGGACCCAUUGCCGGCAUUACGGUGGGGAAUGUAUGGACUCCUGCGCUCAAUUAUUGCAGCAAACGGUCGUCGAUUGUCCGACCAACCAAGUCUGCUGCACGCUGGUUUAUUGAGAAACGAGAGGAAAACCUGUCUACUAUCUGAAUUCUAGCGUUAAUGUAAGCGAUUAGUUUCGACGCCAGCUGCGACUCGUCGCAUCUGUCGGUAGGAAAGCAGCUUAAUUGGUUUUACAAUUGCAACGGCGUGACUCGGCGAGGAAAAAAUCGCGUGAGCUACGCGAUAAUCGCGUGCAGCGGAUGUGGGACUCGUGACAACCGGUGCAAACGUGAAAACGCGUUUCGAACAAUGGAUACAUAUAAUUCUAACGCAGAUGCAAAAGUAAUAUUUUUCAAAUGUAGACUGUAUAAAGUGUAAAACUAUUUAUAAUAAAACGUGCACGUUUUGUAGAUGAUCCGCAUAUUGCA